GGGGAGGAGGAGGAGGAGGAGGAGAGACAGCGGGGACAGCAGCGUUGUUUCCCGUGUGGCGGUGAUUUCGUGUGGAGAGGAAGCAGAAAGCAGUUCGUCUUUUGAUCUUAAAACGGAUUUAAUUCAUUGUCUCCCCGCAAAAUGUGUACUCCGUGUUGCAUAUCGCAGCUGGCCUGCUGCUGCGGCUCAGCGGCCUGCUCCUGCUGCUGUAACUGCUGCCCCACGAUGAAACAGUCCACAGGGACCCGCAUCAUGUACGCCUUCUACUUCCUGCUGGUCACCAUCGUCUGUGUCAUCAUGAUGUCCCCCACUGUGGAGCAGGAGAUGAGAGACAAUAUCCCGUUCUACAAUCAGAUGUGUGAGAAGAUGAAGGCAGGGGAGAACUGCAAAACUCUGGUGGGCUACUCUGCCGUCUACAAGGUGUGCUUCGGCAUGGCAUGCUUCUUCUUCUUCUUCGCCAUCUUCACCAUCAGAGUCAACAACAGCACAGGCUGGAGGGCGGCCGUGCAUAACGGGUUCUGGUUGGUGAAGUUCAUCGUGCUGGUGGCGUGCUGCGCUGGAGGCUUCUUCAUCCCGUACGAGGAAAUCUUUCUGGAAGUGUGGCGCUACAUCGGAGCGGCUGGCGGCUUCAUAUUCCUGCUGAUCCAGCUCAUGCUGUUGGUGAAGUUUGCACACAGAUGGAACACAAACUGGAGUUCAGGAGUGAAGCAUAACCGCUUGUGGUACGCAGCCUUGGCCUUUGUGACCCUGAUGCUGUUCAGUGCUGCAGUAGGAGCCUUGGUCUUCAUGGGUGUUUUCUACACUGACCCAGAGGCCUGUUUACUAAACAAGGUCUUCCUGGGCAUCAACGGCAGCCUUUGCCUCGUUGUCUCCCUGCUGGCCAUCUCCCCGUGCAUACAGAAACUGCAGCCCACAUCCGGCCUGCUGCAGCCAGGAGUCAUCAGUGUGUACGUCAUGUACCUCACCUUCUCAGCUUUCUCCAGCAAACCAAAAGAAAUGGUGGAAAGAGAUGGCAUGAACACCACCGUGUGUGUGUUUCCCAUCAACUCUGCGACGGAGAGCGACACAAAGAUUGUCACCGCUGUUGGAGCCAUUAUCCUGUUUGGCUGUGUCCUGUACUCUUGCUUGACGUCCACCACCAGACGAAGCUCUGCAGCGCUUAGAGUGUAUGGGAACAGUGAGCCAGAGAUUGAGAGAGCUCGCUGCUGUUUCUGUUUUGGAAAUGAUACAGACGACUAUGAUGAGGAGAAAACGGGUGGAGGCCAGAACGUGACGAAUGAUGAGAGAGAGGGAACCAUCUAUGGCUACGCCUACUUCCACUCUGUUUUCUUCCUCGGAUCGCUUUACGUCAUGAUGACCGUCACCAACUGGUUCCAUUAUGACAACCAUAAGAUUGAGAAGCUCCUGGACGGGAGCUGGUCGGUGUUCUGGAUCAAGAUGGUCUCCUGCUGGGUCUGUCUCUUCCUCUACAUGUGGACCCUCGUUGCUCCCAUGGUGUUCCCGAAGCGUUUUGAGGCAUAGGACACCCCCCCCACCCCACACUACACUGAGGUCAGGCUACUCAGGCAGAAGCUCUCACGCUGAGCCAGGGACCAGCCCCCCUGCCCCCACCCCCCUUUUACCUUGAAACACAACCCUACACUACCCUCAGCGUGGAAAUGGAGGAUUAUCUGUUGCCUUUUGUUUUAUAUGCUAGUGUCGAUUUGACUUUGUUUUACGAUGUAAUACCUUGAUGGUAAUUUUGCUAUCUUUUACUACCACUUACUCAUGGAGUUUUGUAUUGCUUUCCAAUUUGAAAUUACAUAAAAAAUCAUGGGAGUACAUUGUGAAACAUGAUAAGCAUCCGACCCCCAUAGAUUCUUCAUAAUUUCAGAUUUGGAAGUGCAUUUUGUAAGUAUUUACUGUGUAUUUUUUUCAGGUUUUGCUUUUACAGCCAGGCAUUUCAGUGCUGUGUAGUUGGACCAUAACGUUGUAGCAAAGUUUGGGGACAAAUGUGUUUAAGGUUAAAGAUGUUUCAAGAGAAAUUGUAUUUAUUUAAGUGCAUAUUCAGUAAUCAGGAAUCAUUUUGUGAAGGUGUGGUGCAAAGUGAACUCCAUUUGUCCCUGACUCUGUUUAAAAUCUCAUCUCUCAGGCUCACAUGUAAGCUGUUUGUGUUGGUGUUAUACCACUCUCUUUUUGUAGAAGUUUUCUAUGCAACAGAGCAAACUCUUUUAGAUAUUAUAGCCAGUGUUGUGAAGUUUCCACAAAGAUUUUAUUAUUGUCCGUGCUCCCUUUGAGCCAGACUAUUUCUUAAGAAAAUCCACUCUUCAACAUUUCCAGUCAUCGUUGUUGUCGUACAGGGCAGAGCUCUUCAAAUCAACCUGCCUUACAUUAGAGUGACGUUAGUGGAGCGCCGCCUCUCUGGAAGAGCUGCAGUGACACCGUGAGGAAUGUUUGCCAAAGGUAGAUGUCAGAAAACAACCAACUACUCCAUUAGAAUUGUUUGGUCGGUUAACAGAAAAAAAACCUAUGUAUUUGCAUGCAAUCACAGACACUUAAAACAGAUCUUUUCUGUACAGUUUUAAAGGUUUUUGUUACAUGUGUCAGCUCAUAUUGGAGGUCAAAAUAAAGUAGCAUGAGUGUUUUUAUUAGUGAGUUAUUCAACACUGGAUGUUGAGUUUACUGCCGAAUUAAAAUUCACACAAAGACCUUCAGCUGUUUGGUUGCCUGUGUAACAGAUUUAGUUUGUAUUGUAUAUAAAUACAAUGUAUUACACAUUGUCAACUGCAACAUCAAUAAAUCAGUAUGUCUUUUGUUUGACUGUAUUCCUAACAUGUUUUUUAAUAUGUACAUUUCUGCUUGAGUCCAGUUGUCUAUGGACAUUCAAUGCUUUAUAUACCUACAAAUAUUGUCGUGCGACUCAUCUUCUGUUGAUAAUGUUUCUGCUUUUUAACUAUCGGUAUGAAUGUAGAAAAUAAAUGGUGCUCUUGGCUUUGAUAUCAAUAAAAAAAUAAAAUAAUCAGAUAGCAGGAGCUGCUGUUAACCAUGACAUACAGGAACAUUUUGGUAGUAUGUUUUAGAAACGGAAUCAUGGGUGCCAUGCACUUCAUUGUUCACAUUCUUUCAAUAAAACAUACAUCGAAUGCUA